AUGUCCAUGCAAAAGGGCGGUGGAGGUAUGCCCGACCCCUCACAGUGGGUCUUAGAUCUCGGGGCUGGCGAGUCAUCCGCAUACGUGGCCUGGAUUAGAUUGCUUCUUGGCGAUAAACUCACAAAACUCUCGCCAAUGUUUGUAAAGCGUAUGGACUAUGAGUUGGACAGACGUAUUGUCGAAACAUUUAUGAACAAUGACUUGAGUUGGAUGGGUUUUAAGGGCCAGAAAGUGAACAAUUGGAACAUUUGGAUCAAUACUAAUAUAUUGAUGACUAGUCUUCUCACUGUAAACGACACCAAAAGACUAGAUGUCAUCAAAAGGGCGGUCAUGAGUGCAGAUAAUUGUCUUCUCACUGUAAACGACACCAAAAGACUAGAUGUCAUCAAAAGGGCGGUCAUGAGUGCAGAUAAUUGGUUGGACUGGUAUGGAGAGGACGGUGGGUGUGAUGAGGGGCCGAGUUAUUGGUACGAAGCCGCCGGACGUUUCAUACAAUUCUUGUAUUACAUGUCAUCUGCGAGUCGACACCAAAUGGACUGGUCGUCCAAACCUAUAGUGAAGAGUAUCGGUGAUUACAUCUAUAAGAUGCACAUCAAUGCAGACUAUUUCGUAAAUUUUGCCGACGCACAUGCAAAGAAUGUGCCUGAUCCCUCUUUGGUCUAUCAUUACGGAGAACUAUUCAAUAACACAGUUAUGAAACAAUUCGGAUCUUAUUUGAGUGCUUUGGAGGGAAACGAAAAGUUUUUAUUAGGAGACCAAAUUCGUACUGAUAUUCGUUUGCAUCAGUUUUAUAUGGAAAUGAUUGCCUAUAACUCUCUUAAGUCAGAAGUGCCUAAAGCUCCUCAACCUCUCGAGUCGUGGUUUCCUGACAUCCAAGUGAUUACAUUGCGAUCAGAAGAGGGUUCAGCUAAAGGACUAUUCUUAGGGGCAAAGGCAGGAACUAAUGAUGAGAGCCAUAACCACAACGACGUCGGAAACUUUGUGCUCUAUGUCAACGGAUUACCCGCUCUAAUAGAUAUAGGAGUGGGAACUUAUACUAAGGACACCUUCGGUCCCCAUCGCUAUGACAUAUGGACGAUGCAAUCCCAAUGGCAUAACACCCCAACCAUUAAUGGCGUUCAGCAAAAGGCCGGCGCACAAUAUGUGGCCAGAAAUGUGACCUAUAAUAAGACAAGUGCCGAGUUUGAGGCCGAUAUAGCCGGCGCUUACCCUAAAGAAGCGCAGGUUAAGAGUUGGGUCAGAAAAUUAACUUUUAAUAGGAAAGCAAAUACUGUUACAAUGGAUGAGAAUUAUAGUCUGGAUAAGUUUGUGGAGCCCUUUAAAGUGCAUUUCGUGACUAUAUUAAACAAAUCAAGUGAUGACCAGAAGAAUGGAGAUCUGGUUCUCGAGGAUAAGAGCGUGAAGUUAACGAUGAGUUUUGACAACAAUUUGUUUGAUUAUGUGAUCGAAGAGCACAAGACUAAUGACACGGCUUUAGAGCACAAGAAUGGAGAUCUGGUUCUCGAGGAUAAGAGCGUGAAGUUAACGAUGAGUUUUGACAACAAUUUGUUUGAUUAUGUGAUCGAAGAGCACAAGACUAAUGACACGGCUUUAGAGCACACUGUAUGGGAACCACUGUUGGCAAUGGAGUUCUUGGAGUUCAAAAUCGAUGGCAAUCGUAAUCAUUACGAGGAUAAAAAUUUUAAACGAAGAGAGAAAUUAAUGGAUUUGGUUUUGGGAGAGUUGUUAACCGACAACAAGACAUAUGUCGAGCAAAUAGCAAAUGGUUUGUGGCUUAUACUGGAGGAGAGCACCUGGACGUGGCCGGCACACCUGUCCAUGCAAAAGGCCGGGGAAGGUAUGCCCGACCCCUCACAGUGGGUCAUAGAUCUCGGGGCUGGCGAGUCAUCAGCUUACGUGGCCUGGAUUAGAUUGCUUCUUGGCGAUAAACUCACAAAACUCUCGCCAAUGUUUGUAAAGCGUAUGGACUAUGAGUUGGACAGACGUAUUGUCGAGACAUAUAUGAACAAUGACUUCAAGAAUUGGAUGGUCUUCUCACUGUAA